UGUGACGUCAUGAGGUCUCAGAAGGUCGCCAUUGUGUGUUGUGUUCAGUCGUACUAGGUGAAGCUCAUUAUUUGGCUUGGAAUUAGGGCUUCUUGGCCCUUCAACACCUACCAAAAUGUCAUCACCUAGUGCAGGAAAGCGUCGCAUGGAUACUGAUGUCAUCAAACUUAUCGAGAAGAAGCACGAAGUUACCAUGCUCAAUGGGCUGAACGAGUUCUGUGUUAAAUUUUAUGGACCCAAAGGCACCCCGUAUGAAGGAGGCGUGUGGAAAGUUCGCGUCCAUCUCCCGGAACAUUAUCCUUUCAAAUCUCCGAGCAUUGGCUUCAUGAACAAAGUGUACCACCCUAAUAUUGAUGAGGUAUCAGGCACUGUUUGUUUGGACGUAAUAAAUCAAGCCUGGACAGCCUUAUAUGAUCUGUCAAAUAUCUUUGAAAGCUUCCUCCCUCAACUUCUAACAUAUCCAAAUCCAAUUGAUCCCUUAAAUGGGGAUGCUGCCGCAAUGUACCUCCACAAGCCUGAAGAGUACAAGAAGAAAGUGUCAGACUAUGUUAAGCGAUACGCAACAGAAGAAGCUCUGAAGGAACAGGAAGCUGCUCAAGCUGAUUCUUCAGACUCUGAAUCUUCCAUGUCUGACUUUUCUGAAGAUGAAGCACAAGACAUGGAGCUCUAACCACCCCAGCUGACCCCUGUAUCAUCGCAGUCUCCUUCAUCCUCCCCUCCCCAUCACCUCGUGCUCCAGACUCCCAGCCAGCUGUUUAUCUGCCACAGCAUAAUUUUUUCCUCAUACUAUUACAUUUCAAAUAAUGUACAACUACUCAUAAAAGUAUAAAGGCUCAGACUUGUCAUUUUCACGAUAUAUUUGUGCUGCUUUGCAAAAGAAAAAAUUAUAUAAUGACAGAUGGUUAUUGACAUCUUGCAGCUUUAUUUCUCUUACUUUUGUACAUAGCGAUGCCUCCUCUAUGAUAUGUCAACAAUAACCACAUGUCGUUGCUGGUAUUCACUCCAGCGUUAAACAUCAUAUGGUGGGAACGUAAACCUGGUGGUGUCAGUUUCUCAUUUUUAACGCUUAAUAGGAGAAAAUAAGUUGAUCAGACUGGUGUAUAUGUAACUGUAGCAGUGAAAUACAAGUCCAAAUAGUGUGAAUUAAAUGAUUGUAGGUCAUAGUCUAUUCAGGUUAAUUUUUCAGUGCUGAUCACCCCUAGAACACUUUCACUAAUCAAUUGGUGAGCUUGUGAGUUUUAUAGAGUCCUAAGUUUGUCCAGUACAGUACCCUAGGGAGAUUUUUUGUAUAUUUUUGUUUAAUAAUCUUCAUUAGGGGGUUUCAUAUAGAAGCAGGAUAUUGUUGUGAAAUCCUCUUAUGUUAAUUAUACAAAAUUUUUAAAGAUUACCAGAAACAAGAUGUGUUGGUGUGGUAACUACUCCAAGCCAAGAUAAUGAUGGUGAAUGUUUAACAAGAAUAUGCUGCAGGUAUAUUGCAAGUACAGUAUCUUGUAUUACAAAUCUUUUUAUUGUUAGUGUAGAAGAUAUAAAAAAAAAAUUAAUGCUGCAUAGGUAACAGAUUAAAGUAUUUGGAAUGUUCUUUUUACACUAAAAAUGGAUAUCAUAUUUUUUCCUGUACAUAGUUUAAAAUUAACCAGGUGAUAUAUUGUUUCUCCACUGAUCAAAUAGAUUGUGAUUAAACAUAAGAUUUUUCCAGAAGAACCGUUGCCUUCAGACAAGUGGCUGGCAUCACAGUGAGUCAUGGAGCUUCACAAUCGUUCACAGAGAUUAUAUUAAGUGUAAACAGUGACUCCUUCACAGACAAAUGAAGGAAUAGUUUUUAUACAGGAGACUUUUUUUUCCUAGUGCCACUGAUUUGCUCCCCCAUGUGUGUAUUCCUGACUCAGCUCCUGCAUGCUCCCUUGUUUGCUCACGUCUCUAUGAGUCAUGGCGGUAAGAAUAACCCAUAAUGCAGGUUGUCAUUCUUGAUCUACUACAUACACACGUGUGAUAAUUGUUAUAUACUGUAUAUAUACUGAACCUGGGAUAUUAUUCAGUGUAAGAGAUAUUUAAUAUGCAUUUUCUGACUGCAUACAAUAUACAAAUAAGUGAUAACUCGUUUAUUAACUACUGUAGUACUUUAGUCCAUCAAUCUCAUACUGCAUGGUGGUAUUGUCACUUGUAUUUUUUGAUGUUCUGGUCAGUAUCUUUGGAUAAUGUCAUCAGAUAUUAAAAAGCAUAACCACUUAUAUGUAAGGCCUAACAAUGAAGUUUAUUUUAGUUUUAUUAUUUUUGUUUUUACCAAACUACUCUUUCCUUUACAUAUAAUAAAUAUGUUGUUUUAUAAAGUCCCUGGAUGACGUUAAUUUAACCUUUUUUUUUUUCAAUCCGAGCGCUACAUUCUGUAAUUAAGGAGCUGACUUAUAAUGCACUAGCUGUUAUCAGGUGGAGGGACAGCAGUGGCCAAGUUAUUUACUCCCAGACGCCAGAAAGCUUCAUUCACCGUUAAAAGUUGACAACAGUAAAGACGUGAAAUUAGAAGUUUUUCGGUCUCUCUACCGGGUAAAUAUUUUUAAGUAGUUUCAGUAAGAAAAGUUUAAGAAGUUUAAAUAAAGUAUUCCAAAGUAGUUUUUAUUGUAAUUAUGACUUUUAAUGGUGUUGGAGCUUGGGUUUAUGGGAGUACAAUGUUAUACAUAAUGUUGAGUGUGACUGUGUCUUUGUUUUAUCUUAUAUGAUGACAGAUAGUUUAAUGUGUCUGUAUUUUGUUUUAGUGCUAAGAUGUUUGAACUUGAGGACUCAGUAUGCACUUCAUUCAUACACUGCAUUUGAAUUUUUUUUAUUAUUUUUAUUGUUUUUUGAAGGAGUCUGGAUGUCAUAGCUGCAAACCAGAAACCCGCAUUGGUUGGUUACAUUAACAUGUUGCCUGGAGACUAGCAGAGGGAAGGUUGAUCUUAGUGAGCCAUGGGACCAUUGAUCUUUGUGGACCAUCACUGGCAAAAACAAGAUUUGAAGUGACAGUGAAUAGGAUGUGGCCAGAACGAUUUGUGGGACUGGUUGGCCUAACAAGCUAUGAAACUUGAUUUUUUUUAUGUGACCAAUGAUUGGCAUACAAAAGCUUUGCAUGAAUAGUAGAGGAUCAUAAUUCAUAACUUAAAUAUGGAGAAUUACAUACUGCAGUACAUAGACCAUUGAACAGCAAGAAUUUUAGUUAAUAUAAAUCCAUACAUGCCACGUCUAGUCACUAACCAUUGUGCCACAUUCAGAGAGAACAGAGACGAUUAACAUUGUAUGCAUUAAUAAUUCCCUUAUUGUUUAAUUAAAUCUGCAGGUUGUGGAUGAAGGGAUAAAUAGAAACUUAUUAAUAACAUGUUGGUUAAUCAAAAAAUAUUUUAAGCUGUAGGACACUAACUUCAAGAAAGUACUUUUUUGUGCUUGAUUGUCCUGUGCCUCAGUGCUUGGUAGCUCAGAACAUAUUGGAGUUGUCUGCUGAGAUCCAUUCUUACAGCACACACACUGCCUUAAAAUACAACAACUUGAUAUCUCCUGGGAGUCCAUACACGUGCAGAGAUAUGCCGCUGGUUAUACGUAAAUCUCCUCAAACUGCCACAUAUAUUGGAUUGAACGAUUUAGCCUUAACACUUUUAUACUGUAGUACUGUAAACUAUGAAAACAUUACUAAAGGUUUUUAAUUAGUUAUGAGAGUUUUCUAAUCUGUAAUGGGGAUAAACUCGUCGAUAAAAACAUUUCCUUGUCGAUGAAAUAAAGACAAAAUGUCGUGUAAGACAUUCUUCAGUUUUUAAGAUGGCAUUUCCUUGGGAAUAAGAGGCAUAACUAAUACAGUGACUCGGGUUGACGGGAAUGACUUACUCUGAACGUGUGAAUAGCAACAUUCUGUCCAGUUCUCAGGAUUUAAUGUCUACAAGUUGAAACUUUCACUUAAGCGGUGCAAUAUGGGGGGCGGGGAUGUCAUUGUUAGCUUAGUCAUAUCAGAAUUAUUUUAUCAGGUGGCAAAAUGAGAGAUAUAAUAUGAAGUCAUGUGGUUAUGGGAGUUAAGUUACAAGAAUGGUAAUAAAUGAAGAUGUUGAUUACACCUUCAGACGAGCAAAAAACUGACGACAGACUAUGCAACAGUGUCUGGAAAAGGGGAAAUGACUACUUAUGGUUUUUUACUAAAUUACUGAAAACCUGAACAAAGUGAGGUCAUUUGAAUAAAAAAAUACGGUAUAUUAUAAAAUUCUUGAGGGAAAUUUGAGUUGGUUGUAGAUACAGAAAGUUGUUUAUAGUAAGAGAAUACAGUAGUUAAAACUUCAUUUACCUUUAUGACGAUGGUAUAACUCGUCUUCAUUAUGGUUUUGAGUGUAACUGCAUCAUUAGUCAAUUUAGGAGAUUCUUAGUUCAUCUGUAAUGUGAUUUAAGUGAAACUUGACAUUUGUGUAUGAAAUAAAUUACAAAUAUUAGAUUGAUUAGGAUGAGUGGAGACAAAAGUUUUAAACUGAUUUAAACUUUUAAUUUGCUCAUUGUAUGAAAAAAGAAUGUUUGUUAUAUACUGUAGUUAUUUAUCUGUGUGAACCCUUUGCAGAUUUUGAGAAAGAUAAAUCUGACAUUUUUGGGCUUUUGUAAAAAUUAGGCAUAUGUAGGUGGUGGUAAGAUGUGGGGUCUACGUAGGCAACUCGUGAGUGUCAGCCGAGGCUAGUGUUGGACCCGAGCUGCUCCGCCCACCAUGUACGGUAGUGUCAACUUGAGUAAAGCGCUGUAGAGAGAUAUGUAAGCUUCCCCGCUAUGUUGCCUUGUUUUACCUUUGAGUGUAAUGGACUAAGCUUACUUGGAAAAAUGUUUCUAGUUAUGUAGACGUUUUAUUCUUGUUAAAUUGGUAUAUAUUUAAUGUCUUCUCAUCGAAAAUAUAUUCAAGUGGCAUAAGAUUUUAUUUAAGAGUUAUAGAGUAUGCUUACAGACAUGUUACUAUGGGUUAAGAAGUGUUUGGCAUAGCUAGAAAAAGAGAAAAAUUAUCUAUAUUGAAAUUUAGUCUAGUGCUCCCUAAUAGUAUGUCACUUAAGGUAUGAGCAACUCUUCAAAAAGUAUUUAACAUGUAGAGUAAGUGAGCAGAUUUGUCACACUAACAGUUUAUUGUAUAUUAAUGAGGUUCUUUAACAAUAUAGUCAAUAAAUAUGUUCCUGGACGUAAAGCCCGAAGCAUGUACGCUACUUCGUCUGUUUCGGUUACGCUGAAUUAACUUGUUAAAAUUGUUGUCUAAUUUAAACCAGUCACAAUGUGGAAAUUUAGUAAACAUAUUUGCAUAGAUGAUGAUAAACUAAUUGAUUGUUAGAACAAUGUAGUUUUUAAAGUUAAUAUUGUGAUAAUAUUAAGUUCAUCAAAUGAACUAAACAGCAAAUAUGUAUCAUUCAUGUACUAUAUCCACAACAAUAUUGUGUGUGGUGCUCUUUGGAUUAAUAAUAGUGUGCUGGUUUUGUUCAGGAAUGCAUUUUUCCUUCACUCUUCUCGACACAUCCUAACGGUAUUUAAAGGUUAUACGGCCUGUGUAUUGUGAUCGUGGUUACGAGAGCAGACGUUACGGUAAAUACUUUUAAGUCCGUUAUGUCUUUAUUUUUUACCCACCACUGUUUAGUUACGUUUUAUAACGAGAGUUGCAUGGUGUAUCUGUAAAGACUUAUGUUAGUAGUGUUACAGUGUGGUUUGCCUCGGCAUGAGGAGCGGAGCUAUGUUGCUGCUGUGUGUAGAGUUUUAACGGUAGGGUCAUCCAAGCACUGGUCUCCGUGUUCGUUGUUCUCAAGAUACCACCUUCUUGACACAUUUUGAAGUCGUUCGCUUCCAGGCACGCGCUACCUCUUAUAGAACGUUGACGUACUCUUGUGCAUCGUCGAAAAGUUGAUUCGGGUAGUAGUAAGUUUGAAAUUGUAAGUUAACUACUGUAGUUAUGUCUCUAAUAUGAAAAGACUUGAUGCUUUAAUUUCAGUAUUUAUGGUAACAUCAAUCUAAGGAUUUCAAAAUAAACAGAAGUGGUACCAUUUGAGGGUAAUGCUCUCCAGACUUUGUGGUGGUGUGACCAUUAGCACAUAAGGACUAUUAUUGCUUGCCAGCCCCCCAAAGCUUUAAGGGCAAGUGCUCAGGAGUGUGUUAACAUAAACACUACUAAAAGAGGUUUAUCUGCUGGGCAGCAUCAAAUAUGGAUCUAACAUCAUCCAUCAUGGGCGACUGAUGUGGCUGAUGGUGUGAAAACCAUUCCCUGUUGUAGUUGGCCAUUUGUUACUUUGAAAUUCUUGACAAUAACAAAAAUACUGUAGUAGAAACCAGGGCAGUUUUUUAAUGAAGUCAUUAUGUUCAUUCAUUAUUGUGGAGCAUGGAAUGUAAAGUCAAUAAUUAACAUGGAUUAUUUUCUUCAGUGUUUAAUCAUAAUUAAUUUGUAAUGGUUACAAUAUUGAAGAUUCCCAUUAAUUCUGUAGUGAAAGUUUGUAACCUUGUAAUGUAACUAGAACCAAAGUUUUAAUAUAAGACCAUGCAUAUUAGAUUGACAGUGUGUGUUCCACUCUUGUUUCACAGUCUUUGAGCAGGUAGUAUUGUGAAAAUCAUUUUUAUUUUGUGAAAUUUUAUGUUUAUAUACUUGAAGUGUACCUACUGUAAAUAUUUUAAGUUUUAUCAUGACUUAACAAAUAAUGUAAAGUAAAAAAAAAUCUUUUCAUGGCAUAGAUUAGGAUGUUUUUAAAAAGUUAAUUAAAUUAUACAUAGAGCCUAUCACAGCAUUAACACAAUAAGUCAACUUUUGCAAUGAUCUGAAACCUGGAAAGUACUGUACAGAGCUGUGUAGCCAAGUUUAGUCAUAUUUUACACAGCAAUCAUACAGUAAAUUUUAAAACUAGAACAACUAACUGUUUCAUGAAUACUGUAGUGCUGUACCAGGCAUUUGAAUUUAUUUAUUUUUAAUCAUCACUUUUGUAUUUUAGUUAGUUUUCAGUAUUUAAUUUUAUUUUCAUAAUUUUAUGUAUUGACUGAUCUUCAGUACUGAGAAGGAAAGCUGUCAAUACAAGUGCCUGCUCAGUUGAUAAGGGACAAGAGCGAGGACUGCUGUACUGUUUCUAACAUUAUCACAUUCAGUGAUUGUAUAAAAAAUGAAUGUCUUACUUACUUCUAAACUAAUGGAAAUGCCAAAUUUAAGUACCGUAUAUAUAAAUGUGUGUAUUUAUUAUGAUGAGCACAAAAUGUCUAUGCAUGUACAGUAAUUAUAAACUUGGGAGUGACAUGCAGGCCUUACUGCUGUAUUGUUCAGUGGUGCGCUAAACCAGGAGGAUCUCAUGAGCCAAAGGUGUCUAGUGCAAUUUUUUUUACCUGGAUGGGCGCAGAGAGCACUUUGUCUUUCAUAACCUCACUGUCUUUCAUGGGGGGUUUGGCUGGCAUGUUAACACAAGCGACAGGAGCUGUAUAAACACCAAAUUCGCUGCUAUGUGUCCAUUGACCAGUUGGUGUAUUGUAAUUUGGAAUAAAGUUAAAAGUAACACAAUUAAAAUUUGGAAAGUUGCUACUAUCUCCAAAUAUAUAGAUUUUCCGUUGAGGAAAUGUUUUCCAAAUCCUUAUGAGGCUCUCUUCAUUAUCAUGUAAAACUUGUGAGUGUAGAUGAGAUGCAAUAACAUGUUGGUGUUUAUUUAGCUCCAUCAUUGCAACACAGUCCAGGAUAAUGUUCAUAAUGUCCCCUUCAAUUGAUCCACGUCUGCCGACAUGCCAUAAGUGUUUCUUCGAGUGUACCGAGAAUGGCAACCCUUCAUCUCUGCUCAUGUGAUACCCGCAAGUGUAAUAACCAACUUGCCGGAACUCUUUGUGGUGAUAAAUGAAUGAUGUCGGCCAUUAUGCAGCUUGGUCCUUCUGUGGCUUCCUUGAGUGGUCAGAGUGGUAGUGUUAUGCAAGUAAUUAAUGGUUUGCUAUCUUUUGUAUAGCAUGCUAUAUGGAGUAGAUAUAUGUUGUCAUACGAAUUUUGACCUGUAAUGUUGAUUAUUAUAAUCAAAUGAGAUAUGCAUUACACGACUGGCAGGAAUGCCUUGUGUCAUUGCUCUUAGCACCACCGUGAGGCAACUUGUUCAACACCUCAAACAUUGUGCAAAUGCGGGAUAUCAUGACUUUGUAUAUUCUUAACUAAGCUAAAUAAAUGCCUCUGUGUUAUUUGUAA